AUGGAAUUUCUCCAAGAACUAAAUGAACAACAAAAACAAGCGGUCUAUGAAGAACAUCCUCGAAUAUGUGUUAUUGCUGGACCGGGUUGUGGCAAAACUAAAACCCUGGUCAGUCGACUUAUUUAUCUCUUAUCCAGUCAAAAAGCCCAACCCCAAAAUAUACUGGUUUUAACUUUUGCUAAAAAGGCCAUUAAAGAAAUAAAAAAGCGGGUUUUUUCUCAUAUUACUACCGUUUCUCCCAAGGAUGUGCAUAUUUAUAACUUUCAUUCUUUUUGUUUUCAUGUUCUUAAUAAAUAUUCCCAUUUGUUAGGUUUUCCCGAUAGUAAAUUUCCGGUUUAUGACCGCCACGAGCAAGAAACAAUAAUCCGCAAAAUACUUUAUCAGAAUAAUUAUAAUGCCGAAAAAAAAGAAAUAAAUACUAUUCUAGCUUAUAUUAGUGGCUGA